CACAGGCUCCUGGCUCGCAACACGUGCGUCUCACGACUCACGAUGCAUCAGACGCCAAGAGCGAGCCCCGUGCAGAUGACAGGAGCGGGACGCGGGGGAAAGGGUGGGGCCUGCGGGGUGACAGUGCUCCCGUAAGAUACACCAGGCAACCGUUCUUGAAUCUUGUCCGCCUCGAAUCUUACACGACUUGUUUAUCUAUUCUUCUCUUCCUUGCACAGAUACAGAUAACCCCUCUUAUACCAGCUUGUACUGUACCUUGUGAGCAUCUAAUUCACAACACAGACCCCCUCCCACCACAAUGGACCCGGAACCGCUCGACCUCCUGACCCUCGCCCAAACGGACGUCUCCCAGCCGCUCUCCCUGGACCUCCUGCUGCAGGCCCUUUCCCAGCCGCCGUUCGUCUCCCUGCCGGGGAGCUUCAACACGCGCGACCUGGGCCGGGUGCCCGGGUCGCCCGUCCGGCCGGGCCUGGUCUACCGCUCGGGCGGGUUCCUCGGCGGCAGCAGCAGCGCAACAACCGCCGUGCUGCGCGACCAGCUGGGCAUCCGGACCAUCUUUGACCUGCGCUCCGUGGGCGAGCACGCGCGCCAGCCCGACCCGGCCUUUGACGGGAUCCGGACCGUCUGGGUCGAGCCCGGCGAGGAGGAUGCGGUGGUGGAGCUGGACGAGUUCGUUGAGGGUGGAGGCGAGAAGGGGUACGCUGCUAUGUACAUGGACGUGCUGCGCGCGUAUCCAGGGGCGAUCAAGGCUGUGUUGGAGCACGUGAGGGAUCUGGAUGGGCUGGAUGAGGGGCGGGGCGGCGGGUUUAUGUUCCACUGUACCGCUGGUCGCGACCGUACUGGCGUCAUGGCUGGGCUGUUGCUCAGCCUGGCGGGUGCCAGUCCCGACACUGUGGCGCUCGAUUACAUACUGUCGAGGAUCGGGACGGAGCCGGCGAGGGAGCAGCUCCUAGCCUUUGUGAUGCAGGGGGCUGGCGUGGAAAGUAUGGACGUGCCUGGGUUUCACAACGUGUGCAGUCUGAGGAUCAGCUGCUGGGAAGCCUUUGUCAAGGCCAUGGAGAAAGAGUAUGGUGGGUUUGAGGGCUAUGUUAAGGGCACGCUGGGGUUCUCGGACGCCGAUCUCAUCAAGAUAAAGCGGAACCUGGUGCUGGAAAAUUGACGGG